AUGGGGCCGAAGAGGGGACGACUGGCAGUGACAGAGACUGGGCCAGGGAGGGUGUUGGCUGCAAGGAGGUUGUCGGCUGGCGAGGAGAGGGUCUGGGGCCGGAGAUGGGAGAGAUGGGGUGGGGGGCAGGAUGGGGCCGGGGAGGGGGUGGCCAGCGGCGACGGAGAUGGGGCCGGGGAGGGUGUCAGCCGACGAAGAGGUUGUCGACCGGUGGGUUGGGGGUCUGGGGCCGGAGAUGGGGGCCCGAGGGGGGAAUGGGGUCGGGAGGGGGCGGCCGGCGGUGAUGGAGAUGGGGUUGGGAUGGGUGUCGGUCAAUGGAGACGGAGUCGAGGAGGGGACAGUCGGUGGCCGGGGGAGAUGGGGUUGGGGAGGGGGUGGCUGCAGGGAGGGAGGAAGGGAAGAGAGAAAGGAGGUGGCGAGGGUGGUGAAGAUGGUGGUGGGUGA